AUACUGGUUGUAAUUUGAGCCACUUGACACUCGAAGCGAAGGAAUUCAGUUUGAACAACAACCAGGAAGUUAAACAGAGGAGGGAACGUCCUCGAUGUGUUGUUGGAGCAUCUAACUCUCAGAUCUACUAAAAGCUUUUAAGGUUUUUUAAAUAACAGCGUCAACUGGAGGAGAGUUGAUCCAUCGGGUUGUGGUCAAAGGGCUUUGUUUCCAACAAGAUGGAGUUUGAUCCGGAGCGGGGAGGAGAAGCGGAAGAGCCGAAGGACAAGGUGCAGACCUUGAAGGAUCAGGUGGAUGGAGUGAAAGACAUCAUGACGCAGAACGUGGACCGGAUCCUGGCCCGAGGGGAGAGACUGGAUGACCUAAUGGGCAAGUCAGAGGACCUGCAAGCAGGGGCUCAGCACUUCAAGCAGACGUCUCAGAAAGUGGCUCGCGUCUACUGGUGGAAGAACGUGAAGCUGGUCGUGGUCAUCGUGGUGGUCGUCCUCAUCGUCGUCCUCAUCAUCGUCCUGCUGGCCACCGGAGUCAUCCCCAUCAGUAGCCCUGUGCCUCCUAUAGUCAAUCCCACCCCCAAGCCAUAAACGCACAACACACACACACACAUAAUGUACAUGCAAUCAUAAACAAACGCAUUGUUAUUGCACAGUGUGCAAAGUAAUAUAUAGACUCAAACUGCUGUCUGGUGAAAUCUUUUUUACUUCUGAGUUGGUUUCUACUGGUAACUUUCAUGCUUGUAUUGGAUUUCCAGGACGAAGGAACUUUAAUGGCUCGUGGUUUUUGAAACCCUUUAAAAACACAGUUCCAGCGUAGACAUUUUUGAAUUUGUGGGAAAUCAAAUGAGGGUGUCUGGAAGGUCUGUGGUUUUUCACCUGACAGCAGCAAAAACAAACAGUCCUUGUUCUCAAAGGACGCUACAUACCCGCUUCUCUUUGUUUAACUGGACACUUAUUUCAGUUGUCAAAGAGAAAGUCCCUUUAAUGUGUGUGUGGAAGGAAAUGAUGAAUGUGGAUUACUCAAGUAUCUUACUAGACAUUCUUUUGGUCUUGGUUGGUCUUUGUAUCAUAUGAAAGAUGCAGUUUUUAAAGGAAAUCGGGCAACGUGUUGUUUCUGCUGAUGAAUUUGGAACAAUUUUAGGUCGCGCUAUAUUUGAUAAAAUGCUGGAUUGUGUGUUGGAUAUGUAUGUUACCAUUUGUGGGCUUAACUCCUUUCAAAGUGCUUUGUAGUCAGACAAUCUAGAAAAGGUAAUUAUCCAUAGAAAUUCUUUUAAAAGUUUAUUGAAUGUGUACACUUAGCACUAUUUUAGCAGCUCCUUAUUUGUGUGGAGGGCUCAUGUUUGAAGGGUUGUUUGUAAUAGUCCACAGUCCAAGUUUAUAAAGCAAUACUGUGUUGAGUCUGAGAACGGUGAGCUCGUUUACCGCUGGCUACAACACAGAGUCCAGCAGUUCGGUUUGGGCUAUAAAAUGUAACUGAUGACGGGAUCUGAAGUGUGAAAACGACACAGCAUUUGUAGUUCUGCGUUUCUCUACUCAACAGAAAUGAGUGGUCCUUUUUAGAAGGGAAGAAAACACACAGUUGUAGAUUUGUACUCUGCAGUAACAUCUGUCUUUUUAACAUCGCGUUUCCUAACUGCGCUUUAACUCUAGAACUGUUGCAGUUCAAGUGCAUGCCUUUUUGUACUUUGAUAAAGUUCUGUUCCCACACUUCUAGUUUUUGGAGGAUCAGGCUCCUCCAGCCAACCAGCUGAGAGAGAGAGAUCAUUUACAGCCCCUCCAUGGCUCCCCCUGUUGGGUCCAUGUCAGCCAACAGACCCCCGCAGUCACAGCUUCCCACUAGGAAAACAGUCCGGAGUAAAGACUCUGUGUGUCUCACCUGCUUUUACAGAACGAGUUUAGCUUCAAAGAGGUCAAAAUGAUGCCCACUAUGAAGUGUAAAUAGUCCAGAUAGUCUCACCGUUAUGUAUAUCUGCGUCAGCCUUUGACUAAUGUGUUAACAGUUCUUUUAGAGGCUAUUUAUUUAAUGCUUUAUGUUCUAUUUUUUUAAUCAAAAAUGAACCGAUGAAGGCUGUAUGUGAUUUCUAUGCAAAUUUAAAAACAUAAAAUGGUACAGUUCAAUUAUUUUCAUUUUCUAGGAGUAGGUAUGAAAAUGAGGCUCUCCGUUGUGUUUUUAACAAGGCUCUGGGGUGCAGUAGCCCUAAUAAUCUCUUUGCCUGUCCGUACUCUCAUUCUCAACUGGGUAAUGCUGCGUGUGUUCGUGUACAGGCUCCAGCUGCAGACGGUCUUCAACUCUUUGUCAUUUUGAAAUCAACACAUUCCCAAAAACAGAUGAAAUGCCAGCAUCCUGCUCAGCUGACCUGUGAUGUACAUGAAUGUUUUGAUUAACAGGAUUAUUUAGUGGCAUUUAAUGGUUUUAAUGGUCUGCUAUGAAAUAAAUAGUAUUUUCCCUCUA